AGCCAGUUCCUUAUCGCACGUGUCAAGUCAUUUCCCAAGUGUCACACUCAGGCCUCAACUUCGAACGUUUUCUUGCACAGCAACCCAACGCCAUUAUUUUCUUGAAAAAUCGAUUUCGAACACUCUCUCGUACUACUGCAACAACCCAAUGGAGGAUUUUUCAGCAGCAGAAACAAACCAAUUACUUCAAGCAGCUUCAGAUUUUGCCUCUUAUCCUGGUGUACUUAAUGAAGCCGCAGUUAAGGAGUUUCUUGAUCGUUUUCCACUCCCAAUUAUCAUAAAUGCCUUGCAGACUAAAGUGGCGGUGCCUGGAUUGGAAAAUGCCUUGGUUACUUGUCUAGAAAGAAUAUUUCGAACAAAAUAUGGUUCCUCUCUUAUCCCGCAAUCUAUGCCUUUCUUGCAAGUUGGUCUACAAGCAGAUUCUGAAGCAGUGAGAUGUCUGGCUUGCAAAAUAGUUUCCUUCCUUCUUGAGAACUUGAAUGACAUAUCUGUCAACCCAUCUCAGUUAAUAGUUGCAUACGAUAUAUAUCCACUACUACUUCGUUGCCUUGUUAAUGGUGAUGAACGUUUGGCAACUGCUUCAAUGGAUGCUGUGAAGAAUUUUGCUUUCUCUCCAGAAGGAAUUGCCACCAUAUUUCCAGCUGAAAGCAGUGAAGCGACAGACCUAAGGCAUAUGGCUGCAAAAUGUUCUUCGCUGGGACGUGUACGGAUAUUAUCUCUAAUAGUGAAGCUGUUCUCGGUUUCUCGUGCUGUCGCAGAAAAGAUCUCUAAUUCAAAUUUACUUGGUUUAAUAGAGGGGGAAGCGAGGAAAACAGAUGACACACUUGCAACACUAAAUGUUCUAGAGCUGUUAUUCGAGAUGGCAGAAAGUGACCAUGCUGCAGAAUAUAUGCCAAAAACCAGUCUUCUUCAGAUCCUUGGUGGUAUCAUAAGCAACGCUUCUUCGGAUUCCAUUUUAAGAUCAAGAGCAAUGAUGAUAAGUGGAAGGAUGCUUUGCAGAGAAAAUAUUUUUAUGUUCAUCGAUGAAACCAGUGUUCUUGCAAUUUUGUCGGCAAUUCUAGGAAGGCUCCGUUCACCUGAAACCAUAGAUGACAGUGAAUGUGAAUCAGCUAUUGAAGCAAUUGGUCAAAUCGGUUCGUCUACAUCUGGAGCUGAGUUUCUACUCUUAAGAUCACAUGAAGCUGUAAGAUUCCUAGGUGAUGCUGCUUUUGACAGGCAAAGAGGUGGUAAGCAGCUGGGUUAUUGCUUGCUUGGAUUUGUCAAGAAUAUCAAGGCAGCAUUGGAUGCUCUUGGGAACAUUGUUGGUGCUAACAGAUCUGAAAACAGCAUAUUGCUAAAAGGGGAAGCUGAAGAAAUCCUUCAGCGCUUGAUUUAUGAAAUUGCAUCCAAGAGUCCAAAACUUACACCAUCAGGGCUGUUCUUGUCAGUUCUCCAGCAAGAUACAGAAAUGCGUUUGGCUGGUUACAGGCUGAUAUCCGGUUUGGUGGCUCGGCCAUGGUGCUUGAUGGAAGUCUGCUCAAGACAAGAGAUCAUAAGUAAAGUUACUGAUGCUUACAUGGAAACCAGUAAAAUAGCCAUGGAGGCUAGAUUCAACUGUUGCUUCUCCAUUCACAAAGCUCUGGCAGCUACAAAUCCUAAGAAUGAUUCUGCACUUGCUGGAAUAUCCGAGAAGUUGCAGGAGGCUGUUAAACUGGGUCCCUUCCUGGCAAAAAAGAACCGUGAUGCGCAACCAACUAUUACUACUGACCAGAGAUUUUAGAUUACUGUUGCCACUGCCCUGCCCUGCCCAGCCUACUGGAGAUGCUUGAUAUGAAAUGAAAUGAAGUGUGAGGAGAUAUGUAAUAAAUUGCAAAUUUACUUUGUCGAAGCUUGUGAAAUUUUGUUCUCUUUAUUGAGAGAUGGGUAAGUAUGUGCUUUUAUUCACCCGUUGAAUUGGAGGAGCUGUGUAGAGCUUAGUUUUGAAGAGGUUGCUUCCCUUAGAUAGUUAAUAAUCAAAUUUCUUUGCUACUUCAUAUUAGAUGGGAAAUUCUACGUUUGAGCCAUAUGUCCAGGCGCCAGGGAUUACAUUUCUAGUAUUCGCAAGAUACUAUCCGAGAAAAUAAUACUCCAUAGUUAUCAAGAAGCGGUUAGACUUUCCUUUACUAAAUGACAUCACUUUGUUGUA